CCUUUGUCUGUUUCCCGACAGAGCAGUACAGGUGGCUAAACGCUUCUUGCUUCUCCCAAUCCCCGCGUUCCUCUCGCUUUCUAUCGUUCCCGUGCUUUUGCUUGAUGGUUUUGGUCUCAAUUUCAGCUUCAAACUUUGUCUGCAACUUACUAACUUUGAUGGAGCUUUACUCUUGAUACUUCUUGACUCUGUAUGAUCUUCAGUUUGCUUCUCAGAAACGUUUUCAGGUGAUAAAGAUAUUUUUUUUAUUUGAUUUAAUUGAUUGAUUACCUGAAGCCUUUGGCUUGUGGGCAUAUUGAGUUGAACAAUUCUCACUUUUGGAUUUCGUAUAAGACUUCUUUCAGCUUUCUAAAGUGUAGAUGAUGAUCAUCUUAUGGGUCAGAUAGGUUUUCCAACUUGAAUCAUGGAUACUAAUUCACCUAUUCCACCUAAGGAUCAAAAAGAAAAACCAAGUCUUCUUGUUGAGGUUUCUAAGGAAGAGAAACAGUUGUUGGCAUUGAUCCAUGCAAAGGGUAUAUUGCACCCUGAUGUUCAAGUUGUGUACAAAAAGAUUUGCUCUAGUUAUGAGAAAACCAUCCUUAAUGACCUUGAAGUGGCUGAACUUCAAGAUGUCGAAUAUUCUUUGUGGAAGCUUCACUAUAGGCAUAUUGAUGAAUUUCGUAAAAGAAUCAAGAAAAGCUCUGGUAAUGAAGAGGCUAUCAAAUCUGUGGCAAUGCAAUGUGUAGCUGCUGCAAAGAGAAGUGAUGACAAUCAUGUAGAGGGGUUUAAGUUAUUUCUAUCAGAAGCAACUAGAUUUUAUCAGAACUUGAUCAUAAAAAUCAAAAGAUACUAUGGGCUCCCGGAAGACUUUUUGUUCCAUAGAAGUGGUGGAAAACUUUCUUCUGUUGAACCGAAGAAAAUGCAGAAACUGCAAUUCUUGUGCCAUAGAUUUCUAGUUUGUCUUGGGGAUCUUGCUAGAUAUAGAGAGCAAUGUGAAAAGUCGGACAUACAGAAUCAGAACUGGUCAGUUGCAGUCACACAUUACUUGGAAGCUACAAAGAUUUGGCCACAUAGUGGAAAUCCCCAAAAUCAGUUGGCAGUGUUGGCAACAUAUGUUGGUGACGAGUUCCUAGCGCUGUACCACUGCAUAAGAAGUUUGGCUGUUAGGGAGCCUUUCCCGGAUGCAUGGAAUAACCUUAUUUUGUUGUUUGAAAGAAACAGGUCAUCUCAUUUAACUUUCCUUUCUUCUGAUGCCCACUUUGACUUCUUAAAUCCCUUUGAAAGUACUAUCCAGACCAAAUAUCAAUCAACUAAUGGUCCAUCAAAUUGCAAGAUGGUACAAGCACAGGAUGAAGACUCGAGGGGGACGCAUUUAUGGCUUCUUUUCAUUAGAACAAUAAGUUUCUUCUUCAUAAAAUCCAGUUUGGAGGACUUCCCUUUUACUUUUGCAUCUACUAUAAAGGAGCUGGAUGUGUUGAUGGCACUAGAUGAUGUACAAUUAAAAGCUGCAAUGGAAUCCUAUCAGCGUAUGGAUUCAGCUAGGAGUGGUCCCUUUCGAAAUCUUCAAGUUGUCUCUGUGUUUAUUUUUGUCAUUGAAAAUCUAAGGAGGAGCCAAGAAACAAGAGAUUCAAAGAACAAGAAUGAUAUACAACAGUUUGAGUUGGCUCGAGAGGCAUUCACUGCUACAUUCAUUUUCAUGGGACGCCUUGCUGAAAGAUGCUUGAAGGCAAAUGACUUGGACUCUUGUCCCCUUUUACCAGCUUUACUUGUGUUUUCAGAGUGGCUGGCGAGCAUUGUUGAUGAAGCAGAAACAUAUGGAUCUGAUGAAAAAAGUACAUGUGCUAUAUCUUAUUUUUUUUGCGUUUACCUUGAACUUCUGAAGCAAUUUGAUAUUAACAAGGGUGAAGUCGAGCCUCCAGGCAGCAUCGCUCUUUGGGAAGACUAUGAGCUGAGGGGCUUUGCACCAUUGGCUUGUUCGCAUGCGCUGUUAGAUUUUUCAAGUCACUGGGGACAUGCAGACAGUUAUGUGUUUGGAACUGAAUGUCGUGCUCAGCGCAUUAUUAAUGCUGCAAUUAAGAUUGCAGGAAGAUCAAGUAGCAAUCAGAAGUGGAUCUGCUAUGAUAAAUCUGGAAGAAAAUUUUAUUUACCUGAGUCGAAUAAAUUUGCAAACAAGAAAGAAACAGAAAAGGUGGAGUCCUGUGGUACUGUGGAAGUGAAAGUGUCUGAUCAGCAUAUUCACAAAAUGACACAGGAAACUGAGAAGAUUGAGGAGAAACCAACUAACUCUCAUGCAAUUAGCAAGUCUGUUGCCAUAGAGGAGGAAGAAGUCAUUCUCUUCAAGCCUCUCACAAGAUACAAUUCUGCACCACUUUAUAGUGCUAUUGCAGGUAAUGGUCAAACGAGUCUGGAAGAUACAGUGGACCAGAUGGUGCCUGGUGAUGAUUGCUUGCGACGUGCAACAUCAUUGCUAAUAGCACAGAACCAGGUCCAGGGUGAAUCGUUGGCAUUCCAUUCAGAUCUUACUAAUUUCAGGCACAACCCCCCAUCGCAACAUCCGGACCCUCAUGUAAGGGAUGCAGCACCAUUCCCAUUUUCAGAAUCCUCUAUAUCUUCUUCUGGGCCUCUUUCUUUCAGCAACUCCAUCUCUGCCGGGCCACCCUCACUCAAUGCUUGGGUCUUCAAUAGAAGUAGUUUGAGCAAUGAUGGAGUGAAAGGGAAGAGAGAGAUGAAAAAAAUGAUGCCUAUUGAGGAAGUAGCAUCUGCAUCCCUUGAUGAUCUCUCCAUUGAUGAUGCUGAGAAUUCUGUCAUUAGUUUAGGGCAUGAAGCUGUGACAAUGCAUAGCUCUUCUCCUGCUUAUUCAGCUCCAUUGCCUUCUGCUCCAUUCUUGCCUGAUGACUCUAUUUGGUUUAAUGGCAUUCAGUCUACCUUCUCUGACUACAACGGCUUAGGAAACAUCAACAGAACAAACAAUUUCUUUGAUGCAUCACAAGUGAGCGACUAUUCAAAUUGGACAGGUUCUCAUCAGCCAAUUGAUUAUGGUCUUGGUAUCCCUGGUUUAGUGGACGGAUAUCCACCAACGCAUCGAAUGACUUCAUCCGAAUGGCUUCGCCAGUACAGAGAAAAUCAAAUUCUUCAGCGGACCACAAGUCAAACAUGGCCAGUGCAUUCUUAUGCUGCUAUGAACACUGAAAACUUCUAUGGUCAUGAUAGGUCCAGUUCUGGUCUUUUUGCUCAAUUUGGAGCUCCUUUGGCUGCUAAUCCAUUGAGUUAUGAAGAGAUCCCACCAUCACAUUCAGGUUUUUCUCCUGUUUAUGGCAAUGUUGACCACAGAAGGGACAAGCUCUAUCCUGGUUAUCAAAGACCAAGCCCUUAUGGGUGUGGUGCUGUGAAUGAACCUGAGCCACUUUUGCACUAUCUCAAGGAGAAAGAAUGGCUUCUCCAGAAAGAUCCAACCUUGAGAGGUCCUACAUAUAUGGGAAGUUGAAAAUUUUCAUAUAACCAUAGAAUACGAGCAUUUCGCGUAUGGCUGCAUAUCUUUCAUUGGACCCUCAUGCAUAAAAGCUUGGUAGGCUUUAUUUUUUUAGCAUACAAUAGGCCUUCAAUGUUCAUUUAUGUAGGUUUAUAACUUUACAUGUCUGUUGAUGGGUAUGUGUACAUAUAUUGUGUAAUAGAGUAUUUAGUUGGAAAGAAGAGCUUAAGGAAGUCCAUAGCAAAAAAUUCCUGCUGUGUAUGGAUUGUGUAAUUAAACAUUGUGGAAAUUUUUAUUGUGCCUUGCUGAUCUGAUUGGAUAGAGAUGAAAGUUGAUGUCAAGAACUAUCGAGUCAUUAGAUGUAGGGAGCUUUGAAGAGAUUUUUCAAGAGAUGAUGAACGUUGCAAUGUAAGAAGGAAGAAAAUUAAGAGGAUUACUUGUGAUCCUAGGUAUCAGGUUCCUGCAUUUCUUGUGCGAAUGAGGUUUGAAAACUAUCCUCGGUUUAAAAGGGUCCAUUGCUUACAUGGAUUCUAUAAGAUAUACGUGAAAAAGAAGGAACGCAUCUGAAUACAAAAGGCUUCAAGUGGUAUGGCUAGAGCCUAGAAGAAGCAGUGGACGGACGAUGCUGCUCGCGGAUGUGCAUGCAAGUAACAGGCAGCACAGGCAUCAGCUGCCAAAGAAAUAGAACCCACCCAGAAAUGGCUAGACGUGUGAAGGAACAAGCAGCCUACAAAUGGGAGAAAUUUUAUAAUACAGCUAUUUUACAUAUAAUGGUUGUAUUAUAAUUAUUGAUUAUGUCGAAUUUCAUAUAAAUUUACUAUAAAUUUAUGCAAAGGGAGAGAUAUAUUUAGCCUUUCA